AUGGCCACCGCCAACAAAGCCCUGAUCUUCAAGAAAGUCCCCACGGACUUCCCCGUGGUCGGCGAGCACCUGAAAGUCGAGGACCUCGAGGCCAUCGACCUCAACCAGAGCCUCCGACCAAAUAGCCUCCUGCUGGAGACACUCUACGUCUCAUUCGACCCCUACAUGCGAGGUCGGAUGCGAGCUCCGGACGUGAAAUCAUACUCGCCACCAUUCACGCUCGGGAAGGCGUUCGAAGCCGGUCUGCUGGCGAACGUCUUGAACUCGACGCUCGACGGCUACGCCAAGGGCGACGUCGUGUCGGGCCGACUGCCCGUGCAGCAAUACAGCGUGUUCACGCGGCAAGACGACUCGACACCUCCGCCCUCUAAGAUCGACACGGCCACCGGCCCAGACGAUCUCCGCCACUUCCUCGGUGCGCUGGGCAUGCCGGGCCUCACGGCGUACUCGUCACUGUACGAGAUCGGCAAGCCGAAGAAGGGCGAGACCAUCUUCGUCAGCAGCGCGGCGGGCGCGGUCGGGCAGCUCGUGGGCCAGCUGGCCAAGCACGAGGGCCUGACGGUGCUGGGCAGCGUCGGCUCCGACGACAAGCUCGACUUCAUCACCAAAGAGCUCGGCUUCGACGGCGGCUGGAACUAUAAGACGGAAAAGGGGUCGACGGCGGAGAUUCUGAGCCGUCUCACCGACGGCAAGGGCAUCGACAUCUUCUAUGACAACGUCGGCGGCGAGCAGUUGCAGGGCGCCCUCGACAGCCUCAACAAUUUUGGCCGCGUCGUCGCCUGUGGCCAGAUCAGCCAGUAUAACCUGCCGGCCGACAAGAGAUAUCCCAUCACGAAUACCUUCCUCACCGUUUCGAAGCGCCUCUCGUGGGCCGGCUUUAUCGUGAGCGAUGCGAAUAUGGGGCCUAAGCAUUUCAAGGACCAUAGGGAGAAUGUCAGCAAGUGGUUGAAGGAUGGGAGCUUCAAGGCUAAGAUUCAUGAGACGGUCGGGAUCGAGAAUGCCGCGGAGGCCUUUGUGGGGAUGUUGAAGGGGGAUAAUUUUGGAAAGGCCGUGUUGAAGGUUAAGCAGUAA